GUAGUAGAAUUGUCGGCUUUAGAAUAUUUAUGUAAUAUUUUAAUAUCAUAAUUAAUCAACCGUUUAAAAAAAUAUUUUAUCCCUUUCAAUUUUAAUUAAUUAUCUUGUUUAUUCACCAAAAGUAAAUUAACUCUCCUAAAAAUAGUGACUCAUUUAAGGUAACCGCCAUAAAAGUUAGUUACACAAACUUCUUCCACAAGUCGUCCGCUUCUUCACCAAAAUCUUCACACUCUUCUCCACUUCUACACACAUCAUUUCGCCAGAGAUUGUACGACGCUUCCUCUGUUUCUAACGAUUGUUUAAUGGCGGCGGAUGAGAAAGAUCAACUCUCAGGACCUGAAGAUCCAAAGUCAGAGUCUAACGAUCUCAGUGAUGAUGAUAAGUUCAAAGAAGAGUUGAAGAAAAAGAAACUCGAAGAUCUCAAAAGAAAAGCCUUUUACUCUGUUCUCCUUGCUUUCAGAGCUGAAACCUUGACUAUAGGAAACAAGAGGACUCUUCUCAUGGAGAAACUGAUGAAAGAGUUGAACAUUUCUCAAGAAACCCGCAUCUCUUUUGACGUUAACAUUCAAGAGAAUCUUAUUGCCCAUCAACAAAGGGUUAUUUCAAAGUUCAAGGAAGCAGAACCAAAGCCAUUUCCCAUAUCUGACAAGAAACCACCUCUGGUUCCGACUUAUGUUGCUACACUUGGCUCAAGCUGGGGCAAAGUUAAUCCCGAGGCUCUGGUUGGAAGACGGAUCAGUAUCAGAAUGUGUUUUGAAGAGGAGUUCGAAGACUUUGUGAUCAAAGAGUAUAACGCAAAAGAUGAAAUGCAUCACCUAAAGAGCGUAGACCCGGAUGCGAUGGAGAUGGACGAAGUGUCAAGCUGGAUAGAUUUCAGAGAACAGGUUCCUACUGACGAUAUUAUAUGGAGAGAUGGAGAAGCGACAAUCUUUAAAACGCCUAAUACAUUGGGUGCAGGAGCAGGACAAUGAUGAGUAGCACCAAAACACUCUAUGCACUUGUUUGAUAGACUUGUUUAGUACUUGUACAGUCACUGGGAAGAGACUUUGAAGAAACGGGUCAGUCUCUAAAGUGUUAAACAUGAUGAUUCCAGUAACUUCUUUUGUAAAAUGGUUCC